UUGUUGACGUUAACGCUACGGCGGACUGGUUUGCAUGGAAAUGGAAUAGCAACAGUAGUUUUUUUGUAAUUUUUAUAGGAUAAUACAGCUAAUUCCAUGUAGAUUAGACGUUCAUUUUUAUACCCUACUUAUCGAACAAUGUAAUGUUCCUAAUUUGAUGUUUAUAUGGAGUAUAGGCUUAACGCCCAGAUUGACCUCGUCGACUGAAACCGAAGGACUAUCGUACAAAUAAAUUAGGUAUGUCGGUUUGGUCAGCCAGUACAGCUGGAAAUAAUUACCACUCAGCACUGCCGGGCGGUCAAUACGGUUCCUCUAAUAACUGGUGUCCGAAGUUUAGCAAGGAGUGGAUGACAGGUUUUUAGCGAGCAUUUUGAUCAGUUUUGUGGCACUGAAAACGAAGAUACAACUUAUCAUUUCCUAACAAGACAGCACAAGUGCGUGAUGUCGGGCGAGACCCCGAUCCAGUCGGCGGACGGGCUGCACACGCCCGCCUACCUCUCAUGGAGGAAGCUGCAGCUUAGCCGGGCCAAGCUCAAGGCGUCCAGCAAGACGUCUGCUCUGCUGUCCGGAUUCGCUAUGGUAGCGAUGGUGGAAGUGCAACUAAAUCCACCUGAAAGCACUAAAGUGCCUAAUGAAAUGCUAGUAGCUUUCACAGUGUGCACCACUCUACUGGUAGCCGUCCACAUGCUAGCCUUAAUGAUAAGUACAUGUAUACUGCCGAACAUCGAAGCCGUUGGUAACCUCCACAGCAUAUCACUCGUCCACGAAUCCCCGCACGAACGACUCCACUGGUACAUCGAAAUAGCGUGGGCCUUCUCCACCCUGCUAGGACUGAUAUUGUUCCUCAUCGAGAUAGCAAUACUCUGCUGGGUGAAGUUCUACGAUCUGAGCCCGACGGCGGCGUGGUCCGCAUGCGUCGUGCUCAUUCCAGUCAUGAUAGUGUUCCUGGCGUUCGCCAUACAUUUCUACAUGUCCCUGGCGAGGCACAAGUACGAGGUGACAGCUACAGGUAUCAAAGAACUCGAAUUGCUCAAAGAACAGAUCGAAAUGGGUGACCACGACGCGCGCAUGAAUAAUUUGACGUUGCUCGACCAAAGUCGCAUCGUGUGAUUGUCGACGUGUGUGUCCUAUGUCCUUUUUGGAAUGUUAUUAUUACCUUUUGUUUGUGAGUGUACACCAUUGAUUAUUUAGGUAAGUUAUGUACUUAGCUCGUUAAGAUUGUACUUAUUGAGUGCCAACACGUUACGCGGAUAUUAAAUUGCACAAAUGGACUGGGCAAUUUUACUGCUCAGAUGUAGUACAGAACUUUUUGAUACUUAGCGUAAUCAUUGGCAGAGCAUGUAUCAAUUAAUUUAAAAAAUCGUUAAUGAGGUGGAAUGAUUUAUGUUCUGCCCAGAAAUAUUUUUGUAAAGGUUAUUAUGUUCUGCGGUGUAACUUGGUGGUCUGCUUUGACGUUGAUUAAUUAAAAUUAUACCCUAGCAAAAAACUACGAUACCAAUUAGACGAUUUCCGCAGAUUGGUUCCCGCAAUUCAUUUUUACCCAACGACAGUAAAUUGUAAUCAAUUACUUAAUUUAGGCAGCAAUUUUAUAAUUCACAUAUUGGUAUAGGGAAAAUAACUAGGUAUCUCAUGUAUUUAAUAUUGUAUUUUAAAAUCUCAUUUGUGUACAGGUAAUGACAAGACAGACUUUAAAAAAUAGAUUUUAGAAUAAAUUAAUAAUAAUAAUGAAUCUCUGUAAUUACAAUCAUAAACAUAAAUAUGUAUAUCUAUUAUUUGGACAUUGGAUAAAGGGAAAGUGCAAUAAAAUCUAUACUAAAUAAUAUAUGUCUGCACUGAUAUAAGUCUGUAGCGUAAAAAUGGUUAUUACGUGUCAAUUAUCAUGAGCUGUACUCAUGUCUAGGUACUUUUCAUAUCUAAUGGGCCAUCUCGAUUUAUCAGAUACGGCUAGGGUUAUCAGGCAGAAAUAUUCGUCAUUUAUUUUUCCAUUUUCCUGUCACCUUCUAAAUACUUUCUUUAGUCAAAAGCUUAUUUUAACCAUAUUAAAAAAUCAUAUCUCAAACUGAGCUAUAUUUAAGCAGAAACUUAAAAUAUUUUGAAAAGCGGUAACAGAAAAGUAUUUAUUCGUCGUUACGUUGCAAAAUAUAUAUUUUGAAAAGAAAACCCUUUUGUAACGUUUCUCUCGGGACGUCAUCCGAUUCAAUGCCACAUCAUUUGAGAUGAAUUAUUAACGCAUGACUAACUACGAACGAGUUGACGCUGUAUGUAGGAAUAAGGGUCUCCCCACAUUUAUGCACGCGGAAUCUGCUUAAGCCGAUUAUCACCACACUACUCGACUUAACACCGAUCUGCUAUACACACGGCUCCUUUCGCUGUCGGCCGGCGUCCCGAAGUCCGAGCCAAGCCGAUGCGAAUAGUAUUAGUAGAACCCUUGUAAGGUAGGACGUAGACAAAGGCUUUUUAACCGGUGUUAGCCGAUUUCGCGUCGAUAAAUGUGGGCAGACCCUAAAACGUGGACGCUUUGCAUGACAUCGAAAGGGCUAAUGUACCGUAAAUGUCACUGGAGUUGUGUUACAACCACAGCUGCAAGGGCUACCCUUACAGACAACUAAUUACUUAUUUAAUUAUGACUAUAAAUUUUUGUGUACUGAUGGAUUAAUAUUUACUGUCCAAUUAAUUAGUUUUAAUUGGUCGCUAGGUGGUAAUAAGAUUGAUUCAUGAAGUUUUCAAAACUUUCCGACUAGAAAAAAGGCAAGAAUCCCCAAAGACAAUUUGAUCAAGUGUCAGGCUAUUAUCAUUACAGUAAUCUUAGUUAUAAGGGUGAGAAACAAAGAGACGUUGGCACACUAGAUCCAAGUCCGAAACUACAACAUAAUUCAGUAAAUCUUUGUUAGGUGGACAUGACAUGUCAACUGUAAAACGUGAUCAACAAAAAAAUACGAUAUCUAACGUAACGUAGGUAACAUGUGAUAUCAACUUCGUAAUAGUACCACUAUCAAGAGUUUCGCCAUCGUUGUAGAAUAAAGUUACAUUAACGAUAAACGACAAUGUGUGACUCAUAUUUUCUGGCCCGUUAAAUUCUGCAGCAUUUUCAUAAUUUAAGCUAACUUUAUCCAAUGAUCCAAUAUCUAUCUAUGAGAGAGUUAUUCAGGUGCUUUUAGACAAUCCUCUGGUACCUACCUAAAUAAUCUUAGGCUGUUUACCCCAACAUGACCUGACUUUUUGUCAUACCAUUGUUCUGAAUCGGUGAAUUCGAUAUCAGUGUAUGUACCUUAUCCCAUUUGUGACAUUGAUCAAAAACUAUUCUAUUAGGUACAUAAGCCAAAGUAUGGCAAUAAAAUGAUAUUGACUGUAUUUAUUACUUAAUCCAAUAAGUACUGUGAUAUAAUAAUGAAUGACAUUAAAAAAUCUGUUAAUAUAUAUUUUAGAAUUAAGUAAAUAAAUUGUUCAUGUAAACGUAACUUGUAGAAUUUUGUAUGGAUAAUUUUACAAUUGUUAUUUUUAACGGAUCUUGUAAACACAUACCUAUUAAACUUGGUCGAUGCAA